AUGUCAAACAACACUACCGGCGCAUCGCAGAGGCCUUCACUCUUUUCCUACAUUUCUGGAAGCACCAACACUCCGCGCCGUCGUUCGUCGUCUCUCACCCUACCGAAGCACGAUCACAGGCGCGAAGAUCGCGAUCCAUACGAGAAGGUCGGCCGUCACGGCUCAUACAGCAAGCAGAAGCAGGAAUCCAUGUCCGAGAAAGUACCAGCCGCCUGGAUGAAUCAAGGCACGCGAGCACGGUAUAUCAAGACCGGCUGCUUGAUAUUCUUCGUUCUUGCUGUGCUAUACUACAUCAUCCCCGGUGGUCGAUACUCCUCAGUGCCUGGCGCAGGCAAGUUCCCCGGUGGAGAUGUUGCAAGCGAUCCUUCGGUAGCGACCUCGAAAUGCACGCGCAGCUAUUCCAAGGACAAGCCACUUAUACAGUAUGCGCUCAUGGUGGAUGCGGGAAGCACAGGAAGCAGAAUUCACGUUUACAAGUUCAACAACUGCGGACCUACACCCGAGCUGGAGGAUGAGAUCUUCAAGAUGACGGAGAAGAGGGAGGGUGGUUCGGGCCUGAGCAGCUACAAGGGAGAUGCCGAGGGCGCUGCAAAGAGCUUGGAUGUCCUCAUGGAUGUGGCAGUGAAAAACGUGCCCGACAAGCUGAAGGGCUGCACACCAGUGGCUGUGAAGGCAACGGCAGGUCUGAGGAAGUUGGGCCCAGAGAUGAGCGAUGCUAUUCUCAAGGCUGUUCGGAACCGCUUGGAGACUGUCUACCCAUUCCCAGUCGUCAGCGAAGAGAAUGGCGGGGUGCAAGUCAUGGAUGGCAAGGACGAGGGCGUGUACGCAUGGAUCACGACCAACUACUUGCUGGGCAAGAUUGGUGGUCCGGACAAGACACCUACUGCUGCAGUCUUCGAUCUCGGAGGUGGUAGCACGCAAAUUGUGUUCCAGCCUACCUUCAAAGAGGCUUCAGAUGGUGGAAUGCCUGAACAACUGGCUCCAGGCGAUCACAAAUACGAUCUCAAGUUUGGCGGUCGCGAGUUCACGCUCUACCAGCACUCCUAUCUCGGCUAUGGGUUGAUGGAAGCACGAAAUAAUCUUCACAGCGUCAUCAUCGAAGGUCUGCACGAGAACAAUCCACAGUCGAAAACUUGGCUGAGCAAGCCAAUCUCGAACCCAUGUUUCGGAAUCGGCAUGAGCAAAGAAGUCGAAGUCAACCUCCGGGAAGGCCAUCCGCUUGGUUCAAGUAUUACUGUGAACAUGACAGGGCCCGCAGUUGGCAGUCCAGCACAGUGUCGCGCACUUGCCGAGAAGACACUCAAGAAGGAAGCAGAGUGCAAACUUGCACCAUGUGCUUUCAAUGGUGUCCACCAGCCAAGCCUGGAGAAGACAUUCUCCAGAGAGGACGUCUACCUCUUCUCCUACUUCUACGACCGAACACGGCCUCUCGGCAUGCCAGAGUCAUUCACACUACGCGAGCUUAAGGAUCUCGCGGCACGCGUGUGUCAAGGCGGCGAUGCGUGGAAGGUGUUUGAGUCGGUUCCUGGCGCCCUCGAAGAGCUCGAGGAUCGACCAGAGACGUGCCUAGACCUCAAUUUCAUGAUGGCGUUGUUGCAUACUGGCUACGAGAUGCCUAUCGACAGAGAGGUGAAGAUCGCGAAGAAGAUCAAGGGUAAUGAGCUUGGAUGGUGUUUGGGUGCUAGUCUGCCUUUGCUUUCUCAAGAAUCAGGGUGGUCGUGUAAGGUGCAGAAGGUUCAAUGA